AUGCCCUGCUCCAUCCCCAAGCCAUGGCUCAGCCACCUCUGCCCCCUUGGAAAGGAGCCGCGGCAGCUCCCAGCGUCCCCCCCACAUGGCACAGCCCCACAGCAGCGCUGGGGCACAGCCCCCCACCCCGGGGUGCACACACAGCACCGACCCACAGCCACCCCGGAGAUCUUCGAGGGGAGCGCGGAGGAAGAGGAGUUCCUGCGGAUCAAGAGUACGGCGAAGGGGCUGCCUCGGCGGGUGCCCCCAGCCCCGGAGACAGACCCUGCUAUCCAGAUGCACAACGGCUCCAGCUGCGUCUGCCCCGUGAGCCCCGGCCCUCCUGGCCCUCCUGGCCCUCCCGGCCCAAAGGGAGAGAAAGGUGACCGAGGGUCCCCAGGAGACAGAGGACAGCCCGGAUUUUCUGGGGAGAGAGGGAAGGCCGGCAACCCGGGGCAGCCAGGUCAUCAGGGUCCCCGGGGCCCCCCAGGUCCUCCAGGACCACCAGGGCCCCCAGGACCACCAGGCGCCUCGGGAGCCAGGAGCCCACGCAUGCCCGCCACCCUCCCCAAGGGAUCGGAGAAUGAGCUGGGAGCAUCCAGCCCUGCGGGGAACCUGGGACCUCCAGGCCCCCCAGGGCUGCCUGGCCUGCCCGGACCCCCUGGCUACCCAGGCCAUGAAGGCUCCCCAGGGGUCCCUGGGCAGGAUGGGCAGCCAGGACCCCCCGGCCCGCCAGGGGAUGUGGGACCACCUGGUUUCCCUGGGGCUGAAGGACCUCCGGGGUCUCCAGGCUUGGCUGGGCCAGACGGACCCCCGGGAGCACCAGGGCUCCCAGGCCCACAAGGUCCCCCGGGGGCACCUGGGCACGAAGGACCCCCCGGUCCCACAGGACCUGUGUCACUCCCUGGCAAACCAGGGCUCCGAGGGGAGCCAGGAUUCCCCGGACUAAAGGGUGAGAAGGGUGAACGCGGACUGCCGGGCAUGCCGGGGAGCCCUGGCCGGGCUGGAGAGACGGGCUCCCCGGGCAUGCCCGGCCCCAUGGGGCCGCCAGGACCACCGGGGGACUACAGGGGGUAG